AUGGCUAAUCACCAAUAUCAACAGUUUCUCUUACUGCUGUUACUGAUAACUUUGUCAUCGAUGAGCAAUGAUGUAGCUUUUGCAGCUCGUCAACUUGUUGAGGAGACACCCUCGCCGGCGGUGCCAGAACUUCCAAAGCCUGAAUUCCCACCUAUACCCACUAUCCCCACCAAUAUCCCUAAACCUGAAUUCCCACCUUUCCCAACUUUCCCAAAGCCUGAAUUGCCGCCUGUGCCUGAGCUUCCUAGUCUGCCUAAGCCUGAACUUCCACCACUUCCCAAGGCCGAGUUGCCACCUCUUCCACAUUUUCCGACGUUGCCAAAACUACCUGAACUGCCCAAGGACAUACCCAUCCCUUCCCUCUCCCCACCCUCCUAUUCAACCACUAGCCCUUAA